CUUUUGCGUUCCUCUUCUUCUAACACUUUUUUGCGUUCUAUGGCUUCCUCGAGUAGUUUCUGCCUUGUCUCUUCUAUAAAUCGUUUUCUUUCUGAAACGCAACGGUAGGCAUUUAGUUGUAUUCUUAUAGGUCACACAAACAUAGAGAAUAUAGAUGUAGCAGGCUAACAACGGAGGUAAGUCUGGCAACGCUGCUCUCCGUAAUCUUUGAAGCUGGACAAACGUCACCUUGACACAUGUCAAAAAAUAGAAAUGGUGGUUAUGAAUGGAGGUGAGUUGGGAAGAUUUGUAAACAAUUUAUUUCAAAUAUUACGCAAUAUGGAGCCCGAUAUCAACUGAACCCUGUUUGACAGAAAUGUACCUAUAUCCAUUAACUUAAGAUGGACAUGAUAGUAGAAGGGCCCCCAGAUGACAGGGGCCCUAUACAAGACAUUAAUAUUGUGGAUACGACCAAUUGGAAUACCCAACACCCAACGGCGAUUGUAAAUAGUAAUGCUAAUACCCUUUUGUACAUAGCUGUUGAAUAUGUUAAGGACGCACCUAAUAGUGCACCAACUCAACAAGAAGUCUACUCAGACUUUGACCCUCAUGUCAGUCCUUUGGACCCAAACAUGAGCUCAGUAGCUCGAUACAGUCCUGUUUAUAACGAAGCUGUGUCUGAGUACAACCCUGUGGUGAUUCACCAACUGGUCUCACAGGAUGGUACUGUUCAGAAUGAACAAUACAUAAACAAUUUGAACACUGCUCCAUUGGAAAAUAUGCCAACUGUUCUUUGCAAUGGAAGUGUGCCUGAUGUUAGUAACCAGUUUCUUCAGAUGGUGGGGCAAACUGACAACAAUCUCAAUGGAAGUAGUGGAGGGGCAUUGCAGGUUAAUGGAGAAAGGGAACAAGAGGUGGAACUACUUAUCACUGAUGAAGCUACAGGCAUAUCAUAUAGCGUUAACGCACAAGAACUCCUGGUCGAGCGAUGUCUUUCUGAUCAACAACUUCUAGAAUCACUUGCUCCAGAUCCUCUAUUAGAAUCUGAGCUACUUGCCUUGGAUGACAGCACCUUAAAAUCGGAAUUAAACGAUGAUAUCGACAUAUCAGCCGCUUCUGCAGUCUCCGCCGCUCCUGUGAGAGCUCCUUCCAGUAAUUUUAUAAAUGCUUAUGCUUCUGAUGCUAAUGGAGAAAGUAACGGACUUGUCGAUUCUUUUAGGGUAGAGACUAGGAACAGUCGAAAGAUGGAUGUUGACCCUGAAGACGAUUUAUUGUCUUGUGUAUACACGAUAACAGACAAACCAAUUUUGACGAGAGCCAGAGCUUCCUUACCAGAGCCUUAUUUAGUAAUAGGACAAGCAAAUGAAGAAAAUGCUGUUUUUGCAAAAAAAGCUAUCCCAAAAUGCUCCCAGUUUGGACCAUUAGAAGGUGUUUUGCUUCUAAACAACGAAGUUACAGAAAAGGAUAAGGCUGAAUCCAAGGACUCUUUGUUGUUUCUCAUUGAAAAUGAUUGUGUUGUUUAUAAAAUGGAUGUGUCAGAUGAAAAUACGUCAAAUUGGAUGGGUUUUGUAAGAAAAGCUCAGAGUUUUGAGGAACAAAAUCUGGUGAUAUCUCUAGUGCAUGGUGCCAUUUAUUUUACUACUACAACUAAUAUACUUCCGAAGCAGGAGCUAAAGGUUGGAUACAGCACAUCAUAUGCACAAUACUUUAGUCUACCAGUACUUCAACCUCCAGAACCUGAGCCCUCUUGGCCUUGUUAUGAAUGCCCACAAAAAUUCAUCAGUUCUGAAGAGCUUCAGAAUCAUCUGAACGUUCAUGAUGUGAAAGAUGAAAAUAUCAAACCGAAAUUGAGGAGGAUCUUGAAAAAUCGUAAACGCCCAUUGAAAAAAUAUUAUACCGAAGCCUUGGAAUGUAAAAUUUGUGAAGAACGAUUUUAUCAGUAUAGUUACAAUACAUUGAGGAGUCAUUUGAGUGACAAGCACAAGUUUUGCAAGGGGUUUGUGGAAGACCACUUCACUGUGUUUUUAAACUAUGAAUGCGAGACGUGCAGCACCAGUUUUAAGUCAGAAGCGCUGCUGAAGAUCCAUAAUCUGGAACAUGACCCAGACUCUGCCGACGAACAGUUCAAUCACGUAUGUCCCGCGUGCCAGAAGAAGUGCCCCACGCAACGGCAACUGGUUGCUCACGUCAUGCAACAUGCACUUCCCAAGUUGCCACAGACCAAUAGGGUGAAGUGCCCGAUUUGCUACAAGAUUUUUGCCCUUCGGGAACGCCUUCAAAAACAUAUGUUGGUACACGGUUCCGAGGAGGCUAAACCACUGCAAUGCAAAACAUGUAACAAACGUUUUUUAAACAAUUCUGCCUUAGCGUGUCACGUGAAAACCCAUUUUGCUGGCAAGAAAGUGUUUGAAUGUCCCAUUUGCAAGGAGAGCUUUGACCAUGUCCUCAAGCUAAAGCUGCAUGUACCCAAACAUUGCCAGGAUAACAGUUACACGUGUCCUCACUGCAUGAAAGUUUUCAAGAAAUACAGCAUUAUCAGAAAACAUAUCAGGGCGUUUCACUGUGACCGAACUCAUGACUGUCCGCAUUGUACCAAGAAUUUCCCGACUGUCGAUAAGCUUAGGAUGCAUCUGUUGAGACAUUCUGAUCAUAGAGAAUUUUUAUGCGCCGAUUGUGGAAAGCAGUUCAAGAGGAAAGAUAAACUGAAAGAACACUGCAAGCGCACACACAAUGAGGAAAGAGAGAAUGCUGCUCCUCCUGAUACUACUUUAUCAGAAGCCAUACCUGGGACAAAGAGGACAAAACGUUUUUCGUCAAAACUAGAUUUGACUGAUUUCCACAGGUUCAUCUAUAAGUGUCAUUCUUGUUUAGUUGGCUUUAAAAGAAGAGGUAUGCUGGUUAACCAUCUCGCCAAAAGGCAUCCCGACAUUAGACCUGACUCAGUACCUGAAUUGAACUUGCCCAUUCUGCAGACAACUCGUGAUUAUUAUUGUCAGUAUUGUGACAAAGUGUACAAAAGCAACUCAAAACGGAAGGCGCACAUUUUGAAAAACCACCCUGGGGCUGCAUUACCGAUGAGCAAUAGGAAGCAAGGACAGAUACCCCAGGAGCAGGUAUCCGGCAGUCUCCCAAACCCGACCUUUUCCCAAACUGUAGGCAGCAUCACUACUCGCCCACAGAACUGCAAGUGGUGCCAUAAGCAGUACGCCAGCAAGGCGAAACUUUUACAGCACCAGCGUAAGAAACACGCCGAGCACAUGGCAACAGCGCAAGGAGGCGGUCCGCAGGUGAAGGAGGAGCAACAGGGGGCGGUCACCGACAUAGGUGGUGGUGGUGGUGGCGCGACAUUGAACGUCGCAGGGGCGGGAUGCGGCGUAGCGGGGAUGGGGAUAGGGGUAGAAAGGCAGGUAGGGCAGCCAGCCGUGGCGAUGAUAAUGAUGACGCCGAAAGUGGAAGAGGUGAAGCAGGUCCCUAAUGGGGCAACAGUUGCUGAACAGCCUGGUAACUGUUCAGUAACACAAUUCGACAAGGAAGGAGUGGUGGACAACAUAAUAGGCAAUGAAUUAGACGAAUACAAUUUAGAGGAAGAUUCUCAGUUCUGUCAUUUAUCAAUUAACGAGGCAGAAAGCUUCAUGGAGGAUAAUGAGUUGGAGAAUCCAAACUCGCAUUUGUACCGAUUGCUAACUGUCAACAACGGAAUGUUGCAGCCACCACGCUGAAGGAUAUCUAACAAACUUUGGAACUUCACUUGAUCUCCAUUUGGAGAAUUUUUCUUCUGCUCUAAACAGAGAGAAUCUUUGUCCGUUAGCUUUGUUUGACUACAGGUUGAAACCUGUCAGACGGAACAGAUUGAAAAGAAUUUCAAGAUGAUUUUCAUUAUAAAGGGAUUUUUAAACAGGUACAAUGUAGAGGAUGUUACAUUUGCGCAAAUAGGUAGCCCUUUUGUAGCCUGUAUUUUGGGCUGACUAUUUAAUUUGCUAAAAGAAUAAAAUUUGGAUUGUACGUUUCUCUUAGUUAGCUUAUAUUGAAUACUUGGUGUCAUAGCUUUAGAUUCUUUCUCACAUGUACUGCAACUGAAUGCAAAUUAUGAAUUUUUGAAUAAUUUGAACACAAGAAGCUACUAAGUUUAAUGUUAGAUAAACACUCUCUCAUAUAAUUUUAAAUCCAAUCUGAUGUAUCCACAUAGAAACAUAUGUUGAUGAUGGUUUGUCUUACUCUAUGACGAAAACGUAUAUAAUUUAGAAUUUAUAAACAUCAAAAAUAUGUAUUGUUUAUAUUUUUGUCUUUUAAAAACAUGAAUAAGUUUAUGAGCCCUUUUGGCUAGAACUAAACGUGAGUUUUUAUACUAUGUCACGUGUCUGUGAAAUAAUAAGAGAGGAAACUAACUGAAGGUUGUUACCAGUAUACUUGGAAAUUGUAUGUGAUACUCUUCAUAUUAAAUACUGUAAACUCUUCCAUGAAAUAUUUUAUAAAGUUUUUCGUACUCCAGUAACGUAUUUUGAAAUGUAUGAAUGAUGAGAUAAGUGGAAUGUAUUUAUUGUGUAUUUUUUGUAUUCAGCCUUAAAAUAUUUGGGGGCAAUGCCGUUGCUCAGCACAAAAGGUAGGGCAGAGGCAAAUUUGCCUAAUUUUCUAAAAUACCAAUAAAUAGAGUAGUUAAACCUCGUGAUACCUUCUGUGCUGGGUCUGUUUUCAAAAUCAUCUUAUUAUUCUGAAACCUUAUGAAGGUAAAACAUGGGAUUAGUGCAGUGUCACAUUUACUUGGCUACGUCUUUUAGUGCGCAUAUAAAUUAUUUCAGUGUUAUUUAGUAUUUUGCUUUAAAGCAUACCAAUCAGAAUAUUUGGUUAGUUUUUUAGAAACAUCAGAAGUAAUUGAAGUAGCCAUCCGACUACCUACCGAUCUUUUUUUUAAGGAAUCCCGUGAACGUUAGGGAAAAUUGGGCAUAUUGCAACCACACUUUCGCAAUAGUAAGAACGAAAUUGUAUCAAAUGAUGGAAAAUCUAAAACAUGUGUUUUUUAUGUUCAUUAAAGAACGUUCCGAUUUUCCCUGACAUUGGAGACAGUGCCACUCUAUUUUUAACAAGGUUGUUAGCUUUAUUUUAAAAUUUUUACUCAUGUAGUUUUUCUCCGUUUUCCGUAAACAAGCCUGUAAAAUAUCAACUGAUACAUGACUUUUCAUAGCUUCAACAAGCAAAUUACACAAAACAAUGUUAGAUUUUUGCUGAUAUUUUUUCAAUCUUCGAGAGCUCUUAUGGACCCCAUAGACACUCAAGCAAAAUCGUGCGAUUUGUUUGUCAUGCAAAUUAUACUUGCUUGUCAAGCAAGUCGUCUUGUAAGUUUUAGUGUUUGUGGUAUUCAACGUUUUGUUUUUAAGCAAGACUGAAGACUAGAUGCGCGCGGACUUUCCGCUUUUUCUUUCCGGUUUAUAAAUCGAAGAUCUAUGAUUGUUCAUUCAAAUAAUGCUUUCUUUUGACCUCCCAAAACAAUCAUUUUAUCUAGACAAAUCUUUAAAGAAAGACAUUCCCUCGACAGCAAUCAGUUAUUUUCGCAAAUCGUUAAUAUUUUAACGAAAACAUCGUUUGUACUGUUCUAAGUCUAAUUCAUUACUCUUACACUGAUUUAUAACAAUACUUGCAACUAAUUUAUGACAAAUUUAUAACUAUGUCGGCGCAUCGGUCGUUGUCCGUUAACUUGACUGAGCGCAUUCCGCCGUCCGCGCGAUUCACAAGUCGUGACCAAAAAUGAAACAUCAAAUACAGGACAGCAUUUUCAGAAGGGUCUUCUAUGUAACAUUUUUUCCUUGACGGCUUCAUUAAAAAGAUAUAAGGUGUUGAAGUUUAAAAAUAAUUUUUUUAAUAUCUCCAAAACCGUCAACUGGAAUGAACUAAAAUUUAUGUGGAUUUACCUAAGUAUUAUGCACAUUCAAAAGCCUUUACUCGAAAUCAACGUGCACGAAUGGAGGAGAUACAGGGAGAUUAGUGGCAUUAUUUUUCCAAAUGAAAAUUUUACGCCACUGUUUUUUUUUUCGAAACACGCAAUUUUUAGAAUUUUACCUUCAAUUUGCUACAAAUAAUUAUCUUUUGUUUUUACCUAGAGUGCAUUGCUUUCGUAAAAAUGAAAAACAAAUUAGAUAAUCAAAGCUUUAUUUCAAUAAAUGUUCAAAACGACCACCAUUCUGACGGAUACAAGUGCGGCAUCUUUUUAAUAAAGAAAAACGUAUAUCCGCAAAAUUUGUUGUGGCUUGAAUUUGAUGAAACGCAUUAUCUAUUCUUUCUUGUAACUGUUGAACAGUACUAAUUUGUUCAACAAACACUAAUUGUUUAAAAGCGCCCCACAAAAAGAAAUCCAAGCGGUUCAAGUCAGGAGACAUCGCAGGCCAAUGUACAGGUCCGUUUCUACCAAUCCAUCUAGUCUAAAAUGAUUAUUUAACCACGCGGUUAUGUCACGACGAACAUGCGGUGGGGCAUCGCCGUGUUGAUACCACAUUCGUACUCUCGCUGCUAACGGAACAUCAAACACAUUUUCUAUGUAAUUCUCUAGGAAAGCUAAGUAUGAGUGUGCAUUUAAACGUUGUGGCAAAACAUGCAUAAACAGUUGGCCAUUGAAUGCCGCAUCAGACAUUUCUAGAAAAUCUGUUGUGAAACGGAAUGGAUUCUUAGAGAACGGUGAUUUUCUAACGACGAUGUUCAUUAUGAGAAUUAAAGAUUCCAAAAAAUGGUAGUAGUAACGAUAACAACUGUAUAACACAUAACUUUGACAAACUAUCUCCCAAGAAACGUCAAGUUGGUAUCAAGGCCUCCUAUUUUAUUUUGAAACUAAUUGUAUCUCGGCUCUUCAUGAAUGAUCUAAUUUGUUUUAUUUUUACGAAAACUUUAGGGAAAAAACAAGAGCAAUUAUUUAUAAUAUAAUAAAAUUCGAACAAUUGCUUUAUUUGGAACAAUAAUGCCACUAAUCUCCCCCACCCAAUUACGAGGGUGUCACAGUAGCAAACACAGUCCUUUCUUCAAGCAAGUUGGUCUACGAGACAAAAAUCAACAUUCCGUUGAUUUUACUCAUGCCAAGCAAUUGACGGAACGCGACGAUUUGGUACCACACAUAUUCCGUCUUCCUUGACGAUUCAAGUCGUUCAAGCAAGUCGUAGGAUUUGUUUGAGUGUCUAUGGGGUCCAUAAAAGCAUUUUAUUGUUUUUAAAUACAGGGAAAACUUUUGAUCAUUGAAGAGACCCUGUCAAAAUGUUGGACAAUUCUUCAAAAUCGUAUAUAUAUAUGGUAUUACUCGUAUUGUAUAUCUCUCACGAAAUAUCAAUAAAUCGGUAAUAUGGCAGGUUGUCUACUAAUGAUUAAACGAAAGAAUUGCGCGAUGUGUUUUUGGAAUACUGUUGCAUAUAAAGAAGAUGAUAAAUUGAAAUAAUCUGGAUGGUUUACGUAACAUUGCAAGUAUUCAAUUCAUAAGCAAUAAAUUUUUUGUACAAAACUUUAUUUGUCUUGUCAAAUACAAAAAUUUGUUAAAUCAUUGACUGAUUUAUAGUAUUUUUCUGAUUGUGAUUGAAUUGUGAAUUGUAUCCAUUGUUAUACUCGUUAAGAGAAAAUAUAUAUUUUGUCUGCU